UGUUAAAGUAGUGGUAGGCUUUUAAAUUAAACAAGUAUAAAAUAACUUAGAUUCUAUUACUUAAGUUGAUACAACGGUUCGAUUAUUUCGCAAAGAUUUAAAAUAAUGCGCCAUCAAAAAAUUGUAUUUGUAAGUAAACAGUGUUUUGUUGUCGCAAAAUACACAGUACAGUGAAAUAUGUCGCACAUAUCAACACGUUCAAAUCGUGUAGUGGAACAGCAGCCAGUUAGAAAAAAAAACUUAAGGCGAAUUCAAAACAAUGGGUCAGAUUUUGAAAUGGAAGAUGUUGUCCAUAGGGCCUAAAAUGGACGGGGGGCCAAAUGUGAAGUAUUUCGAGUCCCCCGAAACGCUUACUGCUCUGGAAGGUGUCAAGCAAUGGUUACAGAAAAACGGCAAAAAGUACGUACAGAAUGAGUCUUUAACAAAUAAGACAUUGUCAACGACUACUGUACAAUUCAUGCAGUUUCAAGAAGAUUUUCUUGGAAAGAAUACACAGAAACCACCUAUGACUCGAAUACCUGUGAAAUUUUUUUUGGAUUUAAAAUCAGGAGGCGGAUUGUGUCAAAUGCUGUUAGCAGCCUAUAAAUUUAAAAGUGAACAUAACUGGAGAAGAUUUGAGUUACCUUCUGGAAAGAAUGUCUCAAAACUGGAGAAAGUAUAUGAAAUGUUCCAAAACAUGGAAAAGGCUCUCAUAAGUGCAAAAUUAUACACACUCCCUAUAAUAUUUAUUAAACCAGAAGUGGAAAAAGGAGUGGCCCAAAAAGUGAAGGAAAUAGUAAGAAGGAGAAAUGGCCAAAUAGUAGAAACAGAAGAAACUGCAACCCACAUUAUAUAUGGUUCAGUGGAUCCUUUAAAAGAUGAAUAUGGUAGGCCGGUAUCCAAACGGGAAAAGAUGGUUAUGAUGCACUGGUAUUACUUUCCAAAUUCAUUUGAUACAUGGGUUAACCUAGAGAGUGCAGGUUUGGAAGGACUAUCAGUUGAAAGCAAUCCUAGCCCUCACUCGGGACCUUGGAGAAUAAGUUGUACUUGGGUAUAUGAAACAGAUCAAUAUAAUGAAUGGAUGUCUGAAGAAGAUUAUGAAGUAGAUGAAGCUGGUGUCAAGAAAGUCCAUCCUAAACUGAUGUCUGUUGAAGAUCUUAUGAAUCCAUCUGAAGACAGGAACAAAAAGAACAAAGGGGGAAAGCGGAAAAGGUCCCCAUCACCACCAUCUAAAGUAGGCAAGAGAAAAAGUGGCAGAAGCCCAGCCAUUGGGAAGAAAACUAGACCUGAAGAUCCUGAAUCAGAAGAUCUAACAAAAGACAUGGAGGAACCAAUACCAGAACCAAAUAUAGUAGAAGUUAAUCCUAAUUCCCAACCCAGCACCCAACCUGUUAAGAAAGACCAUGAAUUGCAACCACUAAAAGGAGGUUCCAUCACUGAUCUAGAAGAUACUGAAGAAAGAGGUGAAGAUUCUCAGACUGGCAAAAACAGUGAUAGCAACACUCAAGAUGAUGGCCAGGAGGAUAAUGUUACAGAACAAACUCAUCAUAUUAUCAUACCUUCUUACUCAGCUUGGUUUGAUUAUAACUCUAUACAUGAAGUUGAGAAAAGGGCAAUGCCUGAGUUCUUCAAUGGCAGGAACAAGUCGAAAACGCCAGAAAUCUACUUAGGUUACAGGAACUUUAUGGUAGACACUUACAGAUUAAACCCAACUGAAUACAUAACAAGCACAGCUUGUAGACGUAAUCUAGCUGGAGAUGUAUGUGCCAUCAUGAGAGUGCAUGCCUUUUUAGAGCAAUGGGGUCUUAUCAACUACCAAGUUGAUACUGAUUCACGACCAACUGCCAUGGGUCCACCUCCUACAUCCCAUUUUCAUAUACUAUCAGAUACUCCGUCAGGAUUACAGCCUGUAAAUCCACCUAAAACACCGCAACCUAGUGCAGCAAAGACUUUACUAGAUCUAGAUAAGGUCCAAGAUGUCAAGAAGCCUGAGGGAGCUACUGAGAUAUCUAGUUUUGGCUUAAAAUUAGAUCAGUAUGCCAAGAAACCUGCCGUGCUUCGUAAUAAGAGUGCAGCUUCCUUGACCAGAGAUUGGACUGAACAAGAAACUCUUCUGCUUCUAGAAGGUCUUGAGAUGUACAAGGAUGAUUGGAAUAAAGUGUGUGAACAUGUAGGAUCAAGGACCCAAGAUGAAUGCAUCCUUCAUUUCCUCAGGUUGCCUAUUGAAGAUCCUUAUUUAGAAGAUCCUGAAGCUGGUGGUGCUUUAGGACCUUUAGCUUACCAGCCAAUUCCUUUCAGCAAAGCUGGUAAUCCAAUAAUGUCCACAGUUGCCUUUUUAGCCUCUAUUGUUGAUCCGAGAGUUGCAGCUGCUGCAGCCAAAUCUGCCAUGCUUGAAUUCGCCAGCAUUAAGGAUGAAGUACCAGCUUCUGUAAUGGAUGCACAUUUGAAGAAUGUUGAAGCUUCAAACGCCGAUGGGAAAUAUGAUCCUGCUGCAAACCUUGCUCUCACUGGUAUUGCUGGAACUGUACCUGACAAGGAAGAGGAGGAUAAGAUCAAGAAAGAGGAUGUCAAAGAGGAAGAUAAAGGUGCUGAAGAGAAAAAGAAUGGUGACAGUCAGGAUGAUAAAAGUAGUGACAAGGUCAAAUCUGAAACUUCUGAUAGUGAGAAGGAGGAUAAAAUGGAUACAUCAGAAGGUAAAACGGAAAAGGUUGUUAAAGAUAGCGAGAUGCAGAGUGCAGCAGCGGCCGCAUUAGCAGCUGCUGCUGUUAAAGCAAAGCAUUUAGCAGCUGUGGAGGAAAGAAAAAUCAAGUCUCUUGUAGCUCUGUUAGUGGAAACGCAGAUGAAGAAGUUAGAAAUAAAGCUGCGACAUUUUGAAGAAUUGGAAACGACAAUGGAAAGGGAGAGAGAAGGACUAGAAUAUCAAAGGCAGCAGUUGAUAACUGAGAGGCAACAAUUCCAUUUGGAGCAGCUGAAAGCUGCGGAAUUCAGAGCACGACAACAGGCGCAUCAAAGACUUCAAGCUGAGCAGGGCCAAUGGGCUUCUCAACAACCACAAGCUGCACACUCUGCUCCACCAUCAGAAACAGGUCCAAGUACCACCCCGACGCCCCCUUCCCCGCAAGCAGCGGCUGUAGCAUCGCCGCAGGCCACACCUCACAUCCACAUAUAGUCGAAGAUAAUUGAAUUAAAAAGUUUUUAUGAUUAUGGAAUCAAUGACAAUUUGUAACAAGUAGGUGGUGCAAGCGAUUUUGAAGAAAAUCCUAUUUCCAUAUAGAUGGAAUUUAAAAUAUCAAGUUUGCUACUAAAUAUCAUUUACUGCUUAAACUAAUUUUAGGGAGUAAUUAUGCAAGUAAUUGUUAUAUUUGAUGGUAUUAUUUAUUAUAUUCUUAAUAAUUUAUUUAAACCACAUUAUAAACUUUUUUCUCCUAUAUUCAUCUUUAUAUAAAUGUUUUCAUGGCGGUUUGGUAUUCCGAUGUUGACCUUAUUUUUUUAACUUUAUAAUUGACAGUUUUAUUUUAUUGAUUCUUUGAUAUUUUGCAUGUAAAAAUUGGCAAGUAAAUGCGAUAUGUUAACUUUUGUAGACUGUUAUUUUUUUAUACUUUACUUUUAUAUGCAAAAUAUAGUUAUUAUAAUAGAAUUAUAUUAUGGUAUUUUUAUACAAUAUUGUAGUAUUUGAUAUUUAGUAACAUAUCGUACCUACCUUUAGAAAUAAAAUAUUUCCUAAA